UUUGUUGAUGUUUGCAUGGAUCUAUUUCCUAUGUGGCUACCAGACAUUCCUUGUAAUGCCUCAAGGAGGAAGAGGAAUGAUGGAUGCAACACAGGUGAUCCAGGAUUUCCCCUAUGAUGAUGAAGAAGAAGAUGACAGCGGCGAUGAAGAGGAAACACUGCCAGUGGCUAAGCUGAAAGUUUUCACAAAUGAACAUGUCCCAGAGACUGAGUUGCUCCUUUACCCGGGAGAGAAUGUCCUGGGCCGUGAUGCUGCUUUCUGCACUGUGCCCUUACCUGCCCCAUCAAUGUCAAAGCGCCACGCCAUCAUUUCCAUCACUGUGUUUCGUUCGAAAGGACAAUGUGCCGAUGAAGCCAGAGAAGCACUUAUCUGGGAUAUGGGCAGCCUGAACGGCACCAGGAAAGGCCGUUUGAAGCUAAAACCCCACGUGCGCUAUGCCCUGAGCGAGGGGGAUAAAGUGACUCUAGCCGAUCUGCCUUGCCAGUAUGUCCGUGUCGGACCAGCCGAAGGAAAGAACGGUGAGGUUAAAGCAGGGACACCAGACUGCCUUGUUAGAGAGAGGGGUGAGGAGACCCGCCUGCCUCAGGGUGAGAGUCACGAGGUAAAUCUGAGGACUGAUAUGGGCACAGAGGCUGACAGAGCAGUGGAAAGGGCAGUCAAUGGGGAGAGGGGUUUUCUGACACCCAGAAGUGAACAGGGUGCUGCCAAACCAAGACGCAGCCAAGUGAUGCCCCCAGUGCCGGAGCAGAAGGACCAAACCCCUGUCCCUCUGGUGCCUGAAUCUGACUCGGAGUCCGAUGGAGAGAAAGAGGGACGGAGGCCGAGAGCAGCCAAAUGUCUAGUGUCUUCGGAUUCAGAUUCUCCCAGGCUGCCCCAGCCCGCUUGCUCAACAUUCCAGAGUCCGUCAGGUGCUGCUUACAUUCCAGAGAGCCCUUCUUCCUCUGUGAGGGGGAGAGCGAACGAGACAGUGAGCUCAGGAGAAUCUAUCUGGACUGACAGGAGCACUGGGGCAGCACCGAUAAAGCCCAGGCCAGACCCUCUGGAGUUUAACAUGGACAGUGACACUGAUGUGGAGGGAGACGAGGAAAACGGGCAGACGAAGAGCCCACCAGAAGCUGUGAAUGAAGAGGCCAGUGCGAAGUUGGUGUCGGGAAUACCCAUCGCACCUGCCACCAACCUUCCGGACUUUUAUAUGGACAGUGAUACUGACGCUGAGGGAGAUGACCAUGAGACAUCAGCCACUAAUUCUACAAAGGCUUCAGUCAGUGGAGUGAGUGAGAAGCCACUAAGUCCUGCUACUGAUGCUGCUGCUGCUGCUGAUGCUGCUGCUGCUGCUGCUGCUGCUGCUGCUGCACCAGCUUGCCUGGUCACAAGCAGUGAUGUUACCGAAUCCAGGCCAGCAAAUGUGGCCUCAUCAGAAUUCCACAUGGACAGUGACACGGAUAUGGAAGAGGAGGGGGAGGUUCCACAAGCAGAUGUCAGCGCUGCAGGUCCCUCCACGGCUUUGGUCAAGCCAGAGAAACGUCAGGUCCAUGACCACUCUGAUUCAGCAGACACCACAGACGAGGAUCCGUUCAAGUCUGACAAUAGCAAAAACACAGAGGCUUGCGCCAGCCAACAACCUAAACCUUCGCCUGCCUUAGAGAUCCAGGCUGAUAGUGACACAGAUGUGGAGGAUGAGAAUGUGAGGCAGCUAGUGGUCCCCUCUGAAACAUUAGGCUCCCCACAUCCGCCUGGACUCCAGCCCACUCCUGAGGCGACCCACGGUGCCCCAGACCCCACAGCUGGAGCUGCAGAGUCAGACCAGGACACAGAUGUAGAGGAGGGGGCUGCAGGCUCUGUAGGGGGGAAGCAGGAGGUUGCACCAGCAAACCCAGAUGAUUUCAACAUGGACAGCGAUACUGAUGUGGAAGAGGAGCCCAAAGAGGUCCCCGGUCCUUGGAAGGCUGGGUCGAGGGCCUCUACAGCUGGAAUCCAGUCCUCUACCCCAGUUGGAGCAGGCCUGCAACUAGAGGAGAUGGAGACCCAGCUCUUCCUCAGUCCAUCAGAUCACUUUACACGCCCCAUUGGCCGUCCACCCUUCAACCCAGUCGUGACCUCUGAAGACAGUCCAGAUGAUGACUUUGUCCCAGAAACCCAGUCCUUUGUGACUGAGCCUGAGGGUUGCGGCGCGGCCGGAGUGAGCGCUCUUGAUGAGACGGCUCAGGAGGAGACGCAGCACUUCUGCACAGGCAGCCUCACGGAGAGAUCCACACGGCUCCGGCUCAGCCUGACGGACCGUCUACAUCAGCUGGGCACAGAAAGCACUCAGGCUUACACUCUGCCCAAGAUCAGGGAUUCUGACGAAGAGGAGGACGGCGACCUGGAAGCCACCCAGGACUACGGAGCUCUGCAGGCUACACAAGCCUUCGCCCGAGAGACGGUGAAAGAUGAAGAGGAGGCCCUUGUAGACAGUGCCACUGCAGAAACUCAGGCCUUCUUCAUAACUACAGGAAGGAGCUCUGAGAGUGUUGAAGCCAUGCCCCCGGCUCAGAGGGAUGUAUUGCAGGGGUUGGCAGGGCCAGAGGCGGAGGUGGCCACCCAGCUGAUGGAGUCUGACGUCUACUCCCAUACCUCCACUGCUGACACCGUUAUCCUACAGCGAAGCCAGAAGCUGGGGGGUGAAGAGACUGGAAGAAUGUCUGACGCAACUUCACCUGACCUGGUAGGUAACGCUACCACCAGUGAAGCCAAACAAGGAAAUGUACCUGCUGCAGAAUUCUACAUGGACAGUGACACAGAUGUGGAUGAGGAGAAAGAUGAUUGCUUGAAGGAGGUGCAGGCAGAAUCGAACUCCCCACGGCCCACAACUACGCAGAUCAAGGCCACGGAAAUCCAGCUCCACAGUGACUCAGACUCUGCAGACACCUGUGAUGAUGAUGAUGAUGAUCCAUACAAGCCUGGCACGAGCACAACCACUGUGACCUCCACAGGUGGCGCUAACAACUCCUGUGCUGAAACCCAACCCAUGUCUACCAUUGAUGAUGAUGAGGAGGAGGAGGAAGAACCAAAGGUAGCACCUGCUAAAAGAAAAGGCAGGGCACGCAGAGGGCUAUGGCAUCAUGGUAGCCAACCUUAUGGGACACUUCUCAUUGCUGAAACCCAGCCCAUUGCCAUGAAUGAUGAUGAUGAAGAUGAAGCAUCAAAACCUGCAUCCCCCAAAAGAAGGGGGAGGUCAUGCAGAGGGAAGGGGAGGCAGGCGGGAGACGAGAGUGAGCCCUCUGAGUUGGCUUCUAGCUCCUGCCUCUCUACUGCUCAGACUCAGCCCAUGGCCAAUCUGGAGGAGGACGAGGAGGAGGAACUGAAGCCAGCCGGCCCCAUAAGGAAAGGAAGGAUGCGCAGAGGCAGAGGGGCUCAGGUGGAGGAUGGGACAGAGCGUGCUGAGACUCAGCUCAGCUCCUACCUCUCUGUAGCUGAAACUCAGCCCAUUGCCAUGAAUGAUGAUGAUGAUGAGGACGAUGAUGAUAACAAAGCUGAACCAUCAAAACCUGCAUCCCCCAAAAGAAGGGAGAGGUCAUGCAGAGGGAAGGGGAGGCAGGCGGGAGACGAGAGUGAGCCCUCUGAGUUGGCUUCUAGCGCCUGCCUCUCUACUGCUCAGACUCAGCCCAUGGCCAAUCUGGAUGAGGACGAGGAGGAGGAACCGAAGCCAGCCGGCCCCAUAAGGAAAGGAAGGAUGCGCAGAGGCAGAGGGGCUCAGGUGGAGGAUGGGACAGAGCGUGCUGAGACUCAGCUCAGCUCCUGCCUCUCUGUAGCUGAAACUCAGCCCAUAUCUGCCUCUGCUGAUGAGGAGGGUUGUGGCGAGGGGGAACCAAGACCUGCGUCCUCCAAAGGGAAGGGGAAGCAGCAGGAGGAAGGAGAGAGUGAGCCUGCUGAGAUGCCUUCAAGCACUCAUCUGUCCACUGCUGAAACACAGCCCAUGACCAUAAAUCAGGAGGAGGAGGAGGAGGAGGAGGAUGGGCAGCCAGGCUCUUCCUCAUCCAGAGUGAAAACACGUAGGGCAGGGAAAGAACCUGUUGUCGCAAGAAGCACCAGAGGCAGAGGAAAAGCAGAGGAAGAGAGGCAGGGAGAAGAGAUAGAUGAGGGAACGAGUGUAGAGCUGAAGAGGCAGACCAGGAGCAAGACUCCUGCAGGGAAGAAAGGAGGGCAGAAGAGAGGAGAGGAGGAUACUGAAGAAAAACCUGUUCAGGAGAUCAGGAGGGGCAGAGGAAGGAAGAGUGUGGUGCAACAGAGAGGAGAGCAAGAAGAGCUCGAGAGGUUGGAGAGAGAGAAAGAACAGCAGGAGAAAAAAAGGAUAGAAGGGGAGCAGAAAGAACAGGAAAAAAAACUUGAAAGAGAAGAGGGGGAAAGACUUGAAAAAGAAGAAAGAGAAAGAUUAGAGAGGGAGCAGAGACAGAAAGAGGAGAGGGAGAAAAAAGAGGCUGAGGAGAGUGAGACGCUAGAGAAGGAGAGGAUUGAAAAAGAAAGAAAAGAAGAAAAGGAAAGGGAAAUACUGGAGAGGGAGAAGAGAGAGAAAGAGGAGAGGGAGGAAAAAGAAGCCGAGGAGAACGAGAGGCUACAGAAGGAACGUGCAGCUCUGGCGCCCCCCAGUGGGCAGGGGGAGCCAAAGCUUCCCAGUGAUGACUGCCCUGCCAGGAGGACUCGCUCACGCUCCAGCUCCUCCAACUCUGUCAGCUCCGAAAGAUCCACGUCCAGCGUGCGCAGCAGCACCAGCAGGCAGGAGACGCCAGAACCACACAACUCCAGACGCUCCUCCCGACGACCUUCUAGAGCUCCCCCUGGUGGAGAAGAGCCGCCAACACUGGGGGAUGGUUCAAGUGAGUCACUGUCUGGAAGAAAAUCUCGAAGACCAUCUACCUCCAGUAACUCGGUGUGCUCUGAAGUGUCUGAAGCAGUCAGUGUAGCAAGUCAAAAUAAGGGACGAGGGAGAGGUAGAGGUAGAGGUAGGAAGAGUCUGAGGGGGAAAGACCCAGGAGCAGAGGCAGAACCUGAACCAGCACCAUCAGAACCUCAAGUUGAGGAAGCUUCAGCCACCAAGACCUCAGGACAAGGACGCAGAGGCCGUAAGACGGGGGCUGCAGAUGAGGUGACUGACAGUGGGUCCACCCAGGCCAAAAGUGCGAACAUCCCCGCUAAAGAGGAAGUUGGUCCUGCUUCAAGAGGCAGAAGGGGAGUCAAGUCAUCCAAGCUAGACUCAGGAGCCACAGGGGAGGGAAGUCAAACUGCAGCACUUGAGGGCAGCUCGAACGGAGAUUCCAUCCAUCAGAAAACAAACAGCAGAGUUCGAGGCAGGGGUCAGAAGGCUGGCCCUCCCAGCCAGAGCACUUCAGCAGAGGAGGACAGCGAAAGUAUAGAUGUCAAGAGCACUGAUGUUUCUAUGGCAACCAGUCAAGGCAGAGGUAAGAAGAGGGGUUCCUUCAAGACUGAAGAACUUGAUGAGACUGAGGAGAUCCGUUUCAAGAUUCCUCGCUCAAAGGGCAAAGCCCCAAAGGGACAGAAGAAAACAGAGGAUGAGAAUAAUGUUGGAGCGGGGGAGCCAGAGAAGAAAGAUGAGGAGGUGGCCCCUGGCCCGGUUCAGAAGAAGGGAAGAGGUCGGCAGAAAAAGACAGAAGUGAAAGAGGAGGUGGAAGAGAGUGAGGUGUCAGCAACAGCAUCCACUUCUAGCACCAUGGAGCAACAAAAGGAAUCUGAGCCUGAGGACUCCUCAGAGAAUAGAUCCAGGAAGCGUGAUGCUGCCGCUUCUGAGUCGCCCACUCCGGCCAAGUCCGCCCGACGCUCUGUGAGCACCUCACGCCAGGCAUACAAGGUGCUGUUCACUGGGGUGACCGAUGAGUCGGGGGAGGCUGUAGUGACCCGUUUAGGGGGCAGCAUUGCGAAAGGCGUGAGUGAUAUGACACACCUGGUCACUGAUGCAGUGCGACGGACUGUCAAGUUCAUGUGUGCAGUGGCCAGAGGGGUGCCUAUCGUCACACCCGAUUGGCUGAAGAAGUGUGGAAGGGCUGGGAGCUUUCUGCCCCCUGGAGAGUUCCUGGUGAAGGACGUGGAGCAGGAGAGGAAGUUUAACUUCCGUCUGAUGGAGUCUCUGAGUGUGGCCUGCAGUCAGCCCCUCCUACAGGGUUAUGAGAUUCACGUGACUCGGUCAGUGAAGCCCGAGCCAACACAGAUGAAGGACAUCAUCACCAGCUCUGGGGCUCGCUACCUUCCCAGAAUGCCCUCUGUCAACAAGCCCCAGACAGUGGUGGUGUCGUGUACGGACGACGCGGCCCUCUGCUGCCCGGCUGUGGCGGCCUGCGUGCCCGUGGUCACCUCUGAGUUCCUCCUGACGGGCAUCCUCCAGCAGCGGGCCGACGUGGUUGCCCACGCCCUCGCCAUCCCUCAGGCGCCUGCCAGGGGGAGAAAGAAGACAUAACUGGCUGGAAUCAAAGACAAUCAAAGGCUGGUGCUGUGUUCACUGGCAGGGCAGCAGAACCUCCCGUGGUGGAAGUGAGUCACGUGAAGAGAUUGCCCCCAAACCACCCUCCGGGGUCUUCAGACAAGAGGGAAGGUACCUUUACCGGACCUGUUCCUUUGGCUGCUUUCACUGGUUUCAGCAUCAGAGUCUGCCCUGCUGGGAUGUGCUCAGUGCUGCUUGGAUCUCUGGAAUGUAUGGCGUCAUCUGUAUUAUCUAUUUAGAUGACAUGUAGUCAGGAUGUUUUUUAAUGAUUGAAUUGCCUGUGCCUGUUGAUUGAACUCAAACUGGAAAGGUUUCUGCACUUUCACAGACAAAAAUUCACACAAAUUAAGAUUAAAUUGCUGUUGUUAUAAUAGAUGUUAGCAUUCUUAUAUUACCCCGUAAUGCCUUCAACAAGGGGGUCACGUAUCAAUAAAAAAAAAUAUUUUGCAGA